AAACAAUAAUCCAGCACUGGCGUUGAGACGGUUCACUCCGCGCGGAACACUCAGUGUGUGGCAGACUGACAAGCAAGGCGAGGCUGGUCGGGGCGCACAGGCUGUUGCUACUAAAAUGUCUAAAACAAAAUCUACUUCUGAAAGAAAUGGUAUCAACAAAGAACAGUGUUUGGGAUCGGUGAUCAACAGAGCACUUACCUGCAAUUCUCAGUGGCCCGAUAAGUGUUUGGGAUGUGAGCAAGCCAUCUGCCACUGUCAACUGCACUGCCUUCCCUGGACAGAGGUGCUGACAGGGGCAUGCGGAAGGGACAUUGUGGCUCUGGGUCACCAGCUAGACCAGGGUACCUCCCCCUCUAUGAUGUUGCUCCUAUGGUGGCUGGGACAUGAGAGAGCUGUCCACCAUUGUCAACUGCACUGUCUUCCCUGGACAGAGGAUGAGUUUUUGGACGUGAUAUACUGGGGCCGGCAGGUGCUGGGUGUGGCGCUGGGUCUUGUGUGGGGCUUCAUUCCUCUGAAGGGCUUCAUUGGCCUCUUUCUAUUCUGUGUGAUUAAUGCUGCUAUUGUAUAUUUCUAUGCAUCAAGUUUCCAAGGUAUUGAUGAAGAGGAAUUUGGAGGAAUGUGGGAGUUGACUAAAGAAGGCUUUGUAACUUCCUUUGCUGGAUUUUUGAAAACAUCCUUGUAAAAUAGGGAUGCGUCUUAGGCAGAGGUGCGUCUAAUACACCGGCAAAUGCAGUAAAUUCUGUGGGAGUGCCCACCCGAGCUCCCUAAAUCAACCCUGUUGAAGUCACUACACCCGGAGGGUUGCCCCAGGUUCAGGAAAGAACAAAUACCGAGGGGGGACCAGGCCACCCCGAGUAGCAUCUCAAAGGUCACAGGAGAGAUGAAGGAAUUUAAUCUCAUGUUGUCAUAUCACCUGAAUAUAAAUCUAGAUAGUGCCCAGGGUGUGGAAAUUUCUGUUGGAUCACAUACAAUAUCAAUGUGAUUGAUUUGUGCUGUGAUUUGUAUAUCAACUGUAAACUCGUAUUAAGGGGUAAUGAAGGUUAAUCUAAUACAAGUUAAGUGCAAAGGGUGUCCGAGUUACGAGGUAAUGAAAUACGAAUGUUCAGAGAUACGCGCAGUCUACUCGCAAAAUAAAAUUGUGCUCUCGA